CUUGGAAGAACCCCAAGAUUCAUCUUGAAAAUGCGUUGCCUCAAUCUGACUAUCGCCUCACAUUCCUCGUUGAUUAUUCGUGUGGCCUCUGUAGGACAAUACAUCUGAGCUGACGAAACAGCAUUUCGGCGGCCUUUGUAAAACUUGUUUCUUAUCCAUAAAACACCACCUCAAGACCCGCGGCCAGCAUCAUGGCAGGGCACCAUGGUCUUCGAGCGUCUCUCCAUCAUAAGCUUGCCAAGUUGCGCAAAUCAACUCACGGCAAUGCUCAAGGCCAGACUCCAACACCAAAUGAUCAUCACAAUUCGACAAGCACUUCAGUACAAAUCAAAAAGCAUGAUGGUCAAGUAGUACUGGCGACAGCUGAUGGAACCAAGGGUCAUAACCAUGAGCACGCGAAUCCCAGCACGCAUAAUGUGAUAGUUGAUGACAAUGGAUCCGAAGGAGCCCUCAUUCAUGAUGGUAGGGGAGAUAUGUACCCGCCCAACACUGCUGAAAACAACUUAGAUGGGCCUGACUCAUAUCCCGGAAAUAUUCUGACGGUGCCCUGGGAUUCAAGAAAGGACGAUGCGAUUGAAAGUCUCACAUGGAGUAUGAAAGGCUUGACGCAUGGUGAAGAUUAUGUGCCAAAUUCCAUGGCCACGGGGACACCAGACCAGCGCCAAACUGAAGGCAACGUUCCUCCCUAUCCACUGCUAAAUCCUCCAAAAUGUGCUGGAGGUGGUCCUGUGGUUGAUCGCUCAAGGUUUUCCACUGAAGUCCACAGGUUAAUGCGCAAGAGAAAGUCGGCGUUUGCCAAGCUGCAACCAGUGACCCACUCUGUCUCUCAACACCGCGACUGCAAGAUAUACUACGACGAUAAUUUCUGUCCGAGCGUUCCGUUUUCAUCAUCCCUGCAGUCCCGUUCGGUUUAUCGAAGUCAUUUUGAAUUUGCUGCUCCUUCGGUUCUCGAUGAAGAACAGGACGAAGCUUUGUUAUCGAUGCGUUCGCCGUCGAACUUCUCCAGCUGGGAACUGGAAGACUCUGGCGAGAUGUGUAGUCGCUCUAGUACAGUUCCGCCAUCUACCGAUAGUUCUACUGUAUUGGUCAGUGAUUACUCAGGUUCUCAACCACGAGCAAUGUUCAAUUAUGAUCAACAGCCUGCCCUUCAUGCCCCUGUCCCACAAACCACCUCCAAGGAUAAAUUCGAAAGGGGAAAUCGAUCGAGGUCUAAGGAUACCAAGUCAACGAGCCAUUUAUAUAAUCCUGACGAGAGGGGGUUGUCCAAUGAGAGAUACCUUUUUACAUGUACAAGAGGAUCGAAGUCCUCCGGGAAAAGAAAAGAGCCGUUCCAGGAAAGCGAAGAUAUUACUGAUGCUACCACAACCGAGUCGAUUGGCACUAAAGAGAAAAAGAUAAAAACAGAACCCCACGGUCUCCGGUUAGCUUGCCCUUUCUUCAAGCACAACAGCCGAAGAUACAGCAGCCAACAGAGUUGCACAGGCCCAGGCUGGGAAACUAUCCAUAGAGUCAAGGAACAUAUCUAUAGACGCCAUACACAACACAAACACCAGUGUCAUCGUUGCGGCGAAGUCUUUGAAUCAUCGCGAUCACUUGUAAAGCAUACUCGGAGCCAAAUGGUUUGCAAACUCCAGGAAAGGGGUGAUGCAGAUGACAUCGAUCAAGAUACGGUUGCGCGUCUCAAAUCCAGAAAAAAAGGUCCUGAACAGACAGAGCCGGAACGAUGGAUCGCCUUGUACAAAAUUUUGUUCCCCAAUGACACAAUUAUCCCAGAUCCCUGUAAGUUGAUCAUCUCCCACUCUACGGUGUAGUGGUAUAAGCUAACGCCGUCAAGACUAUCGUCAUAUUGAUAGUGAUGUCGGUUCUUUGACGAUUGCUGGUAAGCUUGAUGCUUAUCGCCAACACGUUGGCCAGGAAUUGCCAAACCUCGUGCGCCACGAAUUUCAGACAGCCACCGACCGAGAGCUUCUGGAU